CAGUAGCACACCAGUUCUAGGCUUAUCCUCACUCAAGGAUGUGGAGACACAUGACUGCAAUGUGACUCAGCUAGGUGUCAGGUGUGGCUUUUAGUCAAAGCUAGCAACAUCAUUCUGUUUAAGUUCAAAGUCAAAUCUCAGAGCUAGCAGGCCAAAUGAUGUGUCUUGGACCAAAUUGUAGAAUUGGGCACCGGAGCCUGAUGGGCAUUCUCCUGCUGGGCUGCUUGCUGACCUGUCUACUGUACCGACCUGCUAUCACCUGGCUCCCUGUCCUGGCCAAGCACUUCCAGGCGGAGCACAAACAGGAUGUUACCGUGCUGGUCUGGCACUGGCCCUUUGACCAUCCCUUUAAACUGAACUCCUGCAGGUCCUUGUACAACAUCGAAGGCUGUCACCUGACAGCGGACAGAGAGCUGUACAGUCAAGCGGACGCCGUUCUCAUCCACCACAGAGAAAUCGAAGAGGAUUUAUCCAACCUGCCCCAAGAACCACGUCCCUCCUUCCAGAAAUGGGUGUGGAUGAAUUUCGAAUCGCCGGCACACACGAAUAGAAUACCUGGCUUAGAAGAUCUGUUUAAUGUGACUUUGAACUACAGGCAGGAUGCAGACAUCAACAUGCCUUAUGGAUCUCUCGUCCCUCGGACUGAAGAGAGGGAAGAGUUUGUCCCGCAUAAAAACCGACUGGUCUGUUGGAUCGUUAGCAACUGGAACCGAGAACACAAGAGGACUUGGUACUACAUGGAGCUGCGCAAAUUCAUCAGGAUUCACACCUACGGGGACCCUUUCAACAAAAAGGUAUCUCUUAGUGAAUACAGAAUGAUCGUGGCCAGCUGUAAAUUCUACUUGUCUUUUGAGAACUCCGUCCAUAAGGACUACAUCACAGAAAAACUAUAUAACGCUCUCAAGUUGGGCGCAGUUCCUGUGGUCAUGGGCCCGACAAGAGGGAACUAUGAGAAGUUCAUCCCUGGAGAUUCCUUCAUCCAUGUGGAUGACUUCCGCUCGCCCAGAGCCCUGGCCAAACACCUCCUCUUCUUGGACGAGAAUGAGGAGAUGUACCGUAAAUACUUCAAGUGGCAGAGGAUCCACACGGUCCGUAUCAACAGCUUCCCCAUUCAGAAUGCCUGCAACAGCUGUGAGUACAUCAGAGACCACCCUGAGAAUCGGAUGGUUACUGAGCUCUAUAAAUGGUUCUGGGAGGAGUGAUGCUGAGACACUUGGAAAAUCUACUACAAAUGAACGAUAUCCACUUGUCCAUAGUCAGGGGGGAACUGAGCAAUAUGUAUCUUUUACACAACGGCAGAAGUGCCAAAAAUGAUAUUUCAUUAAAGUACAUUCACCGAACUUCCCCCACUUGAACAUUUCAUGGGGUGUUACAAGUCAUAUUUAUAUAUGUUUUACUUCUGUGCUCUUCGCUACUGCUCUACCACAUGUUAACUGAUGAAAACAGUGUGAUGGUGACAUACCACUACUAUCUGCUUGUUUACUAUUGGGUCCACUAAAAGAGUGCCUUUCACAUCCUUUUUAUAUUGGUGCACAAUGUUCUGCAAUAUUACAUUUUAAAAGCCUGUUAUAACAAAGUGCCCUUUUUUAAUAGAGACCAAAUGGAGAAUUGAAUAAAUGAGAUGUGUAUAAAGGA